AUCGAGGAGGCGGAUGUGGAUGUCCAGGAGAAUUUUGAUCCAGGAGUUUCCCUGGGUGAGGUUUCUUUUGAUCUGGAUAAUGAACCAUCAAGGAUUGCAAUCGAGCUGCCACAGACCUUAAAAUAUGAUUGCGGUAGCCCUGGCUGUGAUCCAACACCUUGUGUAAUCGAAAUGAAUUGCGUCUCUCAAUCAACCUUCAAAUCUCGCGCAAUUGUUCCGUUCGUUCAAGAGGCCUCUCAAAAAGGUUUAUUAGAGGAAGUUCAAGAGUCCUCUAAAAAAGGUUUAUCUGAUGGCGUGGAAGUAGCGGCCACUUUCCAGAUUGAGCGAAAAAGGGAAACUAUUGGAUCUGAGUGGGAGAGUUUGAUUCCUGAGACAUCUGACCUAUUGAUUUUUAGUUCCCCCAAUGAUUCUGAGGCUUUUAGGGGUGUAAUUCAGAAAUCAUUGGACCCUAAAACUGGUGGGCUCGGCGAAAUAAAUCAUUUCAAUGAAAGUUUGGAGGAUAAUGAUGUGACAAACUUCGUGUCCGGCAGUCUGACUGAUUAUAUGGAAAAUCGCAUGUCCACCCCAUAUUCAAUUCAGCCUGAUUCUAAUUUGCAUCGUGGGUUCAGACGGCGCUGCUUAGACUUUGAGACGCUGGCAGCACGGAGGAAGAUUAUGCUUCUUCUCCUCAAAUCUCCGUCUCUUUCCCUUUCUCCUCCGUUUCUCAACACAGCUUGGGGUGCUAUCUUGAUUUCAGUGACCUUGAUUCUUCUGUUCGGUGAGAUAAUACCACAAUCUGUUUGUUCUCGAUAUGGUUUGGCAAUUGGUGUAAAGGUAGCUCCAUUCGUUCGAGUUCUUGUUUGGAUAUGUUUUCCUGUUGCCUACCCAAUAAGCAAGCUGUUAGACUUUCUGUUGGGUCAUGGACAUAUAGCACUUUUUCGAAGAGCCGAGUUGAAAACCCUAGUAGAUUUGCAUGGAAAUGAGGCUGGCAAAGGUGGAGAGCUGACCCAUGAUGAGACAACAAUUAUAGCUGGAGCACUUGAGCUCACUGAGAAAAAAGCUAAAGAUGCCAUGACUCCCAUAUCUGAAACAUUUGCAAUUGAUAUUAAUGCCAAGCUUGACAGGGAAUUGAUGAGUUUAAUUUUGGAGAAAGGGCAUAGCAGAGUUCCAGUUUAUUAUGAGCACCCUAAAAACAUUAUUGGACUUAUUCUGGUAAUCAUUUUUCUAUGA